AUGCCACAAGAUAGCGAAAGACCGGAACCGAAUUUCGAUCCGUUUCCACCCGGACAGAAUCGCCGAUCCACGGUCACCGAGGUGGACGUGGAAGACCUGGGUAACAUGCUGCGGCGGGCCUUCGUGGGCACGAACGUCAAGUUCACCAUCGACUGCGACGAACCGCCCACCAUAGGCGGCAACAGCACCGCACCGGCGCCGCUGCACUACUUUGCCGCCUCGAUUGCAUUUUGA